AUGCAGUACCUGGUCGGUAACAAGCAGAAUCACCCACUUGCUCAAGCGAUCAAGGACUGUUCUCCCACAGGUGUCGUACUUACACUCACUCUCAUUUUAUCGAGAAAAUUUCAACUCGCCUCCUCAGGUGUGACAAUAGCGCUCGUUGUGAAAUUCGUCCGGUUUGAAGACCGAAAGUUGGCCGUAUGCCGGAUUUUCAGCGGCCAGAUCUCUAAGGGAAUAAAUUUGUACGUCUUGGGAAGGAAGGUAUGUUCAGGCGGCUCUUCUUCGAGAUCAUUUGCUCGUAAAGUCCCUAUUAAGGCUAGGAAAGAAGGUUCCGAGGCUCCGAGUGUGACUGUGGAUGGUGUUUGGGCAUUAAGAGGUCGAGACAUGCUUCCGAUGGAAAAGGCCACGGCAGGAGUGAUCUGUGCCAUUGAUGCUCAAGGACUCGUACAGAAUUCUACUCUCUGCUCGGAAGCCGUCAGUGAAGGUUUGGACGUUGGACUAAAGCAGGGAGAACCAUUAGUUAUGAGUUCUGUCACACAGCAAAAUUUGGAGAGCAAUGGACGCGUUUGA